AUGGUUAAAGACCGACUGCCUGAGCUUGAAGCUCGUAUAAAGGUCAGAAAUGGAAAUGCCAGGAAGAAGGCAGAGUUUGACUUUUCUCAACUACAUGCUGCUGUUUUCGAUCAGGUCAAUGAACUUCACUCUGAUAUUGAUAAUUUACGGCAAGAUAUUAAUGCAGUUGACAGGCUACAAAAAGACAUACUGGCUACACCUCAACAAGAUCCAAAACUGGAUAGUCAACUUAGUGAGCUCACCAAUUCCAUCCGAGAAAGGGCUCAUAAAAUUCGGAGUUCCUUGAAAGAAUUAGGGCAACAGGAAGAUGAUAAACUUCUGUCAGGAUUAUCUGGUAAAUGUCGUCUAAAGUCGUCUCAGCAUGCUGCUAUUUCCCGACAAUUCGUCCACAUUAUGAACAAUUAUAGUCAACUACAAGUAGAUUAUCGUGACAAGUGUAAGGCUCGAAUUCGAACCAAGCUCCGUAUCGCUGAAGUCUCAUUUUCGGAAGAUGAGGUUGAAAAGAUGUUAGAAAAAAACCAUACGGGUAUUUUUACACAGGCUAUUAUGGCUGAAACAGAAGCUGCGAAGCGAUCAUUAUCGGAUAUCGAAGCUCGUCAUGCAGACAUUAUACGGCUCGAAAAAAGUAUCCAGGAGAUGAAAGAGUUAUUCUUCAAUGUCGCUCUUCUAGUUGACCAACAAGGUGAUUUAAUCGACCAGGUUGAAUACAAUUUGAACAAGGCAUCUGACUGUGUUGUAAAUUCAAAGCGUACCCUUUCAUCAGCCGUAAUUAGAAAUAAGAAAAAUCGUCGCUGCAAAAUAAUCUGUAUUAUAUUGGUUGUUGUUAUCUCCAUAUUGAUCCUGAUCUCAUUAGCUUCCGCAAUCGGUUUAACACGAUGA